AUGCCGACCCCCUGCUCGCUGGGAGAUGAAGAGCCUGGGCCUCUUAAUGAGCCCAAGAGGGCGAAGCCCCAGUGCCAGAUGUCCCUCCUGAACAGCGAUCAAAUCAGCGCAGUGCACCUGACCAAGGGCCGGUGGACAGGAGACCACAAACAGAACUGUGCUCCAAGGUUCAGGGCGAGCAAGGAACAAGAGUCUGCUGGAGGCUCUUAG